AUGGAGUCACCCAACAUCUCAGAGUGCGCCGGCUCUCAGGACAGCCAGGCUGAGCCGCGCGUAAAGGAGCGCAUGGACACCGCCGGGUACCUUUUCCACUCUUUGAUCCCUUACGAAGCGGCGGUUCCGUUACUCAUAAGUGUUUUUGCGCUGCUCACUCUCUUCUCUUUCACGGUGAACAUGGUCACUCUGUACAUCAUCGAAAGGUCUCAUGAUCUCUCCUGGCAGCCGCGCUUCAUCCUCUGUGAGAAUCUGAUCCUGAGCGACUUCCUGCAGACGGCCACCUUCGGUCCGGCGGUCAUCUACUCCCUGCUCCGACGCCAAACGAUGGCGUGCAGCCCCUGGUGUUACCUUCAGUACAUUUUGGGGACAGCCUGCAUCUUUUCCAGCCUCUCCACCAUCACCAGCAUGGCUCUGGAGCGCUACUUGUACGUGUGUUUUGCGCUCCGUUAUUUGGUCAUAGUUACCCAGGAGCGCAUGAGGAAAGUGUUGAUCCUCAUCUGGGUCUACUCCAUCUCAAUCGGGAUCAUCAACAUCAGUCUGCUGCUGCACAAUGGGCACGAGGAGAAGAACCAGCACGUCAUAAUGGGGCUGCUGUGCGAACCGGACAUGAUAGAACAGCACAUGGGGUCCCCGCGCGUGUCUGCCAUCUUUCGGAAAGUCUUUGGUUCCUUCACGCUGCUGCUGUGCCUGCUGGCCCACGCCUUCUCCUACUUCAGGAUGUACCAGAAUGCGAGCAACGCAGUGGUUCCUUUCGACGAGGUGAACCACACGGCGCGCAGAACCGUCAUGUUUUACUGCGGGAUGCUGUUCCUGCAGCUGCUGCCGCUCUUCAUCAAAGUGGCCUCGGACGCGCUGUGGGAGUUCCGGGGGACCGGCGAGAUCGAGCUGUCCUCUCAGUCUCAGGGGGGAUGCAAACCCACCCCCUCAGCUACGGCAGCGGGGUUUCACGUGUCCCUGUUGAUAAUGCUUUUGGUGCCACCGUGCAUCAACCCGCUGGUGUACGGGCUGCGGAGCGUGGAGAUCAGGAAGGCGCUGGCCGACAUGCUCCGGUGGCGCGCAGACAACAGAGUCGCAGCGGGGGCGCCAGGAGACGUGAUGAGACUCAGAAACAUUGUGCGUAAUGACCUUGCUGAGGCUGGUUAG